AUGUCCUCCGUAAAACCAGCUGACAAUAAGACCGGCGAGGUCAUUCUCUUUGCCUUUGAGAAGCGCCCGGGUAACCCUACCGCUUCCGGGUUUUGUCAAAAGGUCGAGUGUUAUCUCCGAUUCGCUGGCGUCAAGUACACCCAAGAAGACACUCUCCCCUUCAAGGCUCCAAAGAAGAAGCUUCCUUACGUCAACAUUGAUGGCACCAUCGUUCCAGACUCUCAGUUCAUUGUUCGCUACAUCAAGGAGAAGGGAUUAGCUGAUUUGGAUAAGUCGGCCGGUCUUACUCAGCUUCAAAUUGUUGAAGGUGUUGCCUACCGUGGUUACUGGGAGGAAGCCAUCUACCCUGCUAUCGUCAGAAGCCGUUGGUUUGACAAGGAGAAUGAAGCUGUCAUUGCUCGUGAGGUCUUCGGAGAUCUCCCAUUCUUCCUUCGCAUCCCACUUCACUGGUGGUUCCGCAGAUCCCUGACCCAUAGUCUCGUCGCACAGGGAGUCGGCCGCCACAGUGAUUCAGAGACCGAAGUCAUCCUCCGUGAAGCUCUCGAAUCCCUCGAGAUCCGUCUCACUCCAUCUGGCACUGCUACUGAAUGGUUUCAUAGGACUGCUACUCCAGCUGAUAUUGACGCCGUCAUUUCAGCUAUGCUUAUCAAUCUCUGUGGAACCAAUUCCAAUCCGUUCUGCAAGAAGAUUAUCUUAGGCAGCAAGGUCCUUCGUGGAUACAUGAAGCGUGCUGUCGAGGGUUUCUUCCCAGAGUUUGAAAUUCUUUUGAAGGAGGUUAAGGAGGCUGAAGGGAGGGAUGGGCCUGUUUUGGAGGUUCUUUAA